UGGAAACCCUCAUCUGUUUUUUCUCCGUUUGGUCUGUCAUUGGACUUGCUGGCUUCCACACAUAUCUGGCCACAACAGAGCAGACCACAAAUGAAGAUAUCAAAGGCACAUUCACAUCCAAGCGUGGCCAGGACAACUUUAACCCAUUUAGUAAAGGAUCAUUAAUUAAAAACUGUGUCAGCGUUUUGUGUGGACCAACUCCUCCCAGCAUGAUAGACCAACGUGGUUUCGUGAUGUCUGAUGUGCCAUCAGUCAUGCCUGCUAGUGGUCAACUACCGGAGAAAGUCCCACUUGUAAGUGCUAACAAACACCACAUCUUUGGCACUAUUAGUCCUUCCUCUUCUUCUUUUCUCUACUGCUGUCCUGACCAGAGUGUUGUGAUCAUACCUGAGGAAGAAGUGAAAAAGAAGGACAUGAUCAUCUAUCAGUCUGCAGAUGGGUCUGUCAGUAACAAGGUCACUUUUGCUGGGACAGGUAAGAAGAACCAUGUGUGGGACCUGACUAUUAACCAGCUGGACUUUGUAG